CGAUUUAGGAUGCCAGAUACGUCAGCGCCCGUCUAUUCGUCCGUCCGUGCCCGCGUCGACCGCUGCGGACCGUCUCGCGAGAGCAGCGGCGAGUACGCAUCGACGCCCAAGUUUGUUGCGGUACGUCCCCACUCCAUCACCAAUCACGGCGCUGAGCGGUCCGCCUGGCACGAUGCAGACGCGCAUCAACAUCGAAGAACCCCGCUGGGACCAAAGCACAUAUUGGGGCCGGGCGCGGCACUUCUUCACGGUGACCAACCCCCUCAAUCUGUUGUGCACGGGUCGCGAGCUCGAGGAGUCGCGCGAAAUCGUCACGCGCUACCGCAAGGGUGAGAUGCUGCCGGGAUUGACGGAAGAGAAACUCUGGCAUGCCAAACACAUCUACGACUCGGCGUUCCAUCCGGACACUGGCGAGAAGGUGACGCUGAUUGGCCGCAUGUCGGCCCAGGUGCCCAUGAACAUGACGAUCACGGGCUGCAUGCUUACCUUCUACAAGACCACACCGCAAGUGAUCUUCUGGCAGUGGGUCAACCAGUCGUUCAACGCGGUUGUCAACUAUUCGAACCGCAGCGGAGAUUCUCCCAUACCCUUGUCGACGCUGGGUCUCUCGUACGUGUUAGCGACCAGCGGUGCUUUAGGAACCGCGCUGGGUCUGAACAGUCUCGUGAAGUCGCUUCCGCCGCUCGUUGGCCGGUUCGUGCCGUUCUGUGCCGUGGCGGCGGCCAACUGCGUGAACAUCCCCAUGAUGCGGAUGCGCGAGAUCAAUCACGGGAUCCCCGUAGUUGACGACAAUGGCAACCGCCUCGGCGAGUCCAAGGUGGCCGCAAAGUGGGCCAUCGCAAUGGUCGUCCUCUCCAGGGUGGGCAUGGCCGCUCCCGGCAUGGUAUUCCCACCGAUUGUGAUGAACACGCUCGAGAGGAAAGGCGUGCUGCAGCGCUACCCGUGGAUCGGCGCUCCGCUGCAAGUGGGCCUGUGCGGCCUGAUGCUGGUGUUCGCGACACCCCUGUGUUGUGCCAUCUUUCCGCAGAAGAGCCACAUUGAAGUGAGCCACUUGGAACCGGAGUUGCAGGAGGUCAUCAAAAAGCUGCCCAAUCCUCCGACGAGGGUGUAUUAUAACAAGGGGCUCUGAGCUUGGUCUCUCUACAAUGCUUUUCUGCGAUUACAUGCAAGAAAAUGUGGUGUGCCUGCGUUGUAUAGAUUUUUUUUUAUUGCAAGUUUCAAAUUGUGGGUUAGAGUCUGUUGCAGAAUUGGUCUGCUUUCCCUCGAUGCAGGGCUUUGGGCAUGCCACGUUUACAUGUAUCGGGGGGAUGAUCAUCUACUGAAUGACACAUGAAAGCACAAAUAGGUUGUAUUGGCAUCACACUGAAGAAAACCAGCAAAUAAUGAUGGCAUACGAGGUGCAUUUGAUAGUGUCUUUUAGAAAGCUUUAGGUGGCAUUGCUUAGCUGCUGUUACUGAAAAGCAUCUGUUGGAUUUUGUGGGCUGGGAUGGAGUAACCCACAAUAUGCCCCAUGAGAAUGGUUUGCAAAUUCACACAAAAAAGUACUUGCAUGCCUUCUGCUUAGUUAGCUCGAGUACCUGAUUACCAUGAUUCGUGUGCCCACCACCACAAUUAUAGCAACCAUAGAACGGCUAUACUAUGCUAAACGUAGUUUGGCAAAUGCAAUACCUGUAUGCUUUACAUUAAACAUUGCAAGCGCCACAUUUUCUUGCAUGCGUUGGAGUAAAUAUAACUUUCUCCUUCCAUGCUGUUAACUAGCAACUUAUUUUGCUAUCAAAGACUUAUUUUUUUGCAACUUUUCUGGGCUGUUGUACCAUGUGGGCUUUCAUGUAUGAUUGCAUUUCGGUCGCAAAACAAUACAGUUUUUCUUCCACGCAACUAUUCCAGGCACACUCACCUGUGCUCUACACACAAUGCCACAUGAUCCUAAUGAGAAAUGAGAGAGCAAAAUAAGUCUGUCAUUGUUUCAUGAAUAAUGAUCUUUUAGACGGCAAGUGUCACUUGCACCUUCCUACUGAGUACAUUGAUGUGGCCCGCAAUAAGUGUUCUUUGUUCCUACUUAUGCAGUGCUGUGGAGCUCUGCUAUUUCGUCAGAGUGCGCAAUAUGGACAGAGGGGCAUGUUUAAGAUUGGUCACAAAUGCUACAGUCACCCUUUAAGGGUGUGUGAAUAGUAGUUCUUGAGGCUGAAUCGAAUAGUGUCAGAAGGAAUUUGAAUCGAACAGCGUCAGAAGCCAAUUGAAUUGAAUGUUGAAUAUUUUCUGAAUAAUGAACAGUCUUCUCGUCAUUAAUAUCACACAACAAGAAAGUUUGUCAUUACACUGCACAUUAUAAAGCCUCCUUUAUUAAAAGCACUAAGGGAGCAUCAGGAACAACUGAGUAGGUUGUUCAUAAAUUUGGGACUCUUCAGGGCGUAUGUUGUCAUUUGUCAUAAUAUAAAGCUUAUAGAGGCAGUCUUACUGUCCUAUUUAAUAUGCAUGUUUAUUUUUGUGACCAAAUCGUAAAUGCGUGCCAAACAGUACCCUAUGCCGGAGGCCUUGCCUAAACAUUUUACUGUGAAUGAUCGUGUUUAGUCGGAAAAGUCUGGCUGUCCAAGUGACACAACAUGCUCCAAUAUGUUAUGCCCACUGAGGAUGGGAUGAAAGUUGUUGCAGCUUUGAUUGAAUUUCAUGUUUGACGGUGUAAAGUAGUCUGCAAGAAGUAUUUGGAAACUAUCUGUAAUAUAUCUUGAUUUUUGAAUAUUUAUUAUUCUGUUCAAGGACCAAAUCAAUUGUGACUCUUCAAUUUGAGGACCGAAUCAAAUAGGAAAAUAUUCGGUUCAUUAUUAAAAAGUUUUGAAUAUUUCACACCCCUGUCACCCUUCUUGCUGUGAAUCUGCCCUGUUGCAUACUUAGAAUUGAUAUACAGAUAACAUGAGGCCGUAAAAGGAGGUUUAGGCCACCACCAUGACAGGAUUCAAUAAUGUGCACUUUGACAAGAGCCUGCAUUUUAAAUCAGUUCUUUUUUAUGUUCUUGCUAUGGUCAUAGUUUAUAUCAUGUAUCAAACUGACAUACGAAUAGAUGGCUUCACUGCUGCUUUUUUGCCAUUAUCUAAAUAUGUCUGGUUGAGUUUGUGCAUGGCAGGAAGGAAAUGUUUGGAAAUGGAAAUGGAAGGAAAUGUGUGUGGAAACAAGACCUCUUGAAAAAAGUUGGUGCAUGUGAUGAGAGUUCUGAUUUCUUUAGGGGAAGCUAGUUCAUACUGUAGAAUAUUGGAUGCAGAGACACGACUCAAGGUACAAUUGGGCACAGAAGCAGUUUGUUUUGGGAUAAUACUAAUUCAUACACAUUUACAAAUGGAAGCACCUACAUAACAGCACUUGGUUAUGACUUUGGAAAUAUGUUGCUCAUAAUUCUGCAUGCCUUGCCAGACUAAAGCCCUUGCAUUGAUGAAAUAAUUCUAGAAUUGAAGGACAUGAUUUUACUAUGUAACAAAUGUCAAAGGUCAGACGUUUGUGGUAGACUUGUGAAAAAUUGCUUAUAGUUUCAUGUUCAAGAAUUGUUAUUAUUUCUAAGUUUAGUGUGUGAGAGGAGUGCUUGCUGUAUUUGAUCCACAUAUCGUCAUGGUGUUUGAAAGUGUAAUAAUGGAAGAGCUUAUUAAAGAAAUGACUGGGGUUGCAGCCAAGGGCCAAA